UAAUACCCAUUAUCAAACGAAAUCGAAAGCGGACGCACAGACGAGGUGGCGGCACGGUGUAAAGGGCGCCGCACGGCCGUGUCUGUAAACUACUGAGUUUUGUUUUUUUUGUUUUUUUUAAAAGCGUCGGUUGACUUGUUCUCUCCCCCCGUAUAUCCACCACGCACCGCGGCCGAAGACAUGUCGAAAACAACCGUUCUGAAAGUCACCAGAGACAGCGCGGUGAAGGUGGAAAACUUCCGCCAGUCGCUGUAUCACGAGGCGGAGAAUCUGUUCUCCAACCACAUCCCCUUGAAGAUCGCGCGGCUGGACGGUCUGCUCAAGGAGGAUGCCCUCAGCAUCACCAACAUGUCCUCACUCCAUGCCCCCUUGGACAUCCCCAUACCAGACCCUCCCACUCCGGAAGAAGAGGAAAUGGAGACUGACAAAAAUGAAGAGGACGAGAAGAAAAAGAAGAAAGCUCCAAAAUGCGGCUUCAUCAAAGGGAACGAGAAGAUUGUGAAGCUGCUGGACGAGGUGAAGCCAGAGAUCGUCGCUCUGAGAGAGACCAUCAUCACUGUCGCUUGCUGGAUUCAGCACCUAAUCCCAAAAAUUGAGGAUGGAAAUGACUUCGGGGUCGCUAUCCAGGAGAAGAUCCUGGAGAGAAUAGCCGCGGUGAAGACAAAGGUGGAAGGCUUUCAGACCAACAUAAACAAGUACUUUUCAGAGAGAGGAGACGCUGUUGCCAAAGCCUCCAAGGAGACACAUGUGAUGGACUACCGUUCACUUGUCCACGACAAGGAUGAGUCCAUCUACUCUGAGAUCAGAGUGAUUGUCCUAGACAUCCGUGGGUUCUAUGCUGAAUUGUAUGACAUCAUCAGCAAGAACCUCGAAAAAGUGACUAAUCCAAAAGGAGAGGAGAAACCUUCAAUGUACUAAAACUGGAAGGGAGGAGGCAGAGCUGCGGCGUAUAUGAUGGCGGAGUAAACUAUUUCUAUUCGAUCGUGCUGCCUACUUGGCAAUCAUGGAAACUUUAGUGCUCAAAAUUUGUUUGUAUUUACCAAUAAACAACUUUAUGAAA